UCAUGCCAGUCUGCCACGAGCCUUCGUCCAGUGAAGUCCAAACUUGUAUAAUGUCGGGUCGUGAGUUUGUUAUUGAGGUGAUUGAGAAAUAUAGAGAGUUGCCAUGUUUGUGGCAGAUAAGUAAUGAAGACUAUCAUGAUAAAGCUAAAAGAAGCUUAGCAAUGGAAGAAUUGGUGGUUUUAUUUAAAACCAAAGAUCCUACCGCCAACAAAGAAAAUUCCCUUAGAAGUUGCUUCAGAAAGGAGCAUAAGGACUUAAAUUGCUUCUAUUUAAGAGCCAUUGCUUUGACCACUUUCGUUUUGGUUUUUUCCUUUUAAUAUACAGGCAUACUGCCGUAGCUAGUACCAUUUCUUCGUCCAUCGCAAACACCACGCACUUCACAGAGGGACAACAAACCGCGACUGGCGUGACGCGACCGUGAAUGUAGUACCUCUUUGGACGAUGAAUCUCCGCGGCACUGUGUAAACUUGACUAUGCGGAGAGCGGAGGACGGAGCGUCCGCUCGACUAUGUAACGGGCCGUAGUGAAUGAGUUAUAUGCUCAGGUGAGCUAAUCAUAAACAGUCACUUGUGCUAAUGUAGUGCCACGAUCUUUUGUUCUGAAUAACAAUAUAUUCCGAAGAUAAGAAUUAAAAUAAUGGUAUACAUUAUUUAUAAACUUGGGUGUAUUGCUUAUUCUUACUGUUACUUAUUUAGUAGUUCUUGGAAAAUGUGAUAGUAUGAUGUGGUAGACAUAGUGACUUUAAUGGCUGGUAAAAAAAAGAGAGUAGAGAUUAAUUUAAUGCAAAUGUUGUAUGUCUGUUUAAACAUAUUGUACCAGCAACAGUGUUUUGAAACUGUCUAAUAGCAGAUGCCAUAGGUUCUGGCGAAUGUAAUCAUUGUUACUGCCGAAUCACAAGUGAGUUAUUUUCUGUGUUAAAGAUGGCUGUCUUCUACACAAUGCAGAUACAUAAAACAAAGUGCCAGAAAGAAAUUAUUUUUAUGCAGUGUGAAAUGUGUGCUAGUGAUUACAGCUGCAAACAAUAAUUUCUACCUACACAAAUAAGCAUUAAAGUGUACGCACAGAGUUACAACAGCUUAAAGAAUACAUUAUGAAAAUAUCAGUAUUCCAAAUCUGAGUACGCUUUUCCAGUUGUAACAAGCUAAGGUAAACAUUACCUCAUUCAUUGGACCAAGAACAUGUUUUCGUAUGCAUAUCUUUACUAACUACUGUGUAUAUACAAAAUAUUAUUUAUUUAUGUGCAUGAUUAAUAAUCACUUGCACUAUAAUGACAGGUGGAAGGUAUGUUCCACGUGCCAUCUUGGUGGACCUGGAGCCUGGAACAAUGGAUUCUGCCCGCUCUGGCCCAUUCGGACUGAUCUUCCAUCCAGACAACUUUGUUUUUGGUAAGAGGUGCAGGAAACUACUUUGCCAAAGGUCAUUAUACAGAGGGGGCAGAGCUCAUGAAUUCUGUCUUGGGGUCAUACCCAGCAUCGGGAGGAAAUUUGGGAGCUACAAUGGGUAUUUACUGAAACAGAGUCAGUAUAUUUUGCUUACUUUGGGGGAGGGAACAAUGCUGAAGGUGUUGAUGAUCCUGUCAGGUCAUCUCUCUCGAAUCUUGGAGAGAAGCAGGGUUCCCAUUCCAGACCCUGUCCCUCCACCCACAAAAAGGUAUGUUCCACAUGCCGUAUUGGUGGACCUGGAGUGUGGCACGAUGGAUUCUGUCCGCUCUGGCCUAUUCGGACAGAUCUUCCGACCAGACAACUUUGUGUGUGGUCAGUGUGGCCCAGUGACUAACUUUGCAAGGAGCUACAGUGAAGAGGGGAGUAAGGUCUUAGACCCCGUGAUGGAUGCUAUACGGAGGGAGGCAGAGCCCUGUAGCUCUCUGCAGGGUUUCCAACUAACCCAUUCUCUGGGAGGAGGAACAGGAUCUGGAAAUGGGAACCCUGAUUCUCUCCAAGAUUCGAGCUCUUUGUAUGACAUUUGCUUCAGAACACUUAAAAUAACAACACCAACAUACGGUGAUUUAAAUCAUCUUGUAUCAGCUACACGUUCUAGAGUCAUUACUUGCUUCAGAUUCCCAGGUCACUUAAAUGUUGAUUUACGUAAACUUGCUGUCAACAUGGUUCCAUUCCCACGUCUCCACUUCUUCAUGCCUGGUUUUGCUCCUCUCACCUCCCGCGACAGCCAAUAA